CGAGCUCCAAAGUUCUGCCAAGCACAUCCAUCCACCACACAUACCUACAGGUACCUCCUGUCGUUCAUUGUCCGACGAGAACGCACUCGCAACCACUACCGCCUCGCCUCACCCCAGACAUCAUCACGACCGCCUGGUCACAACUCGGCCAUUUGCACGCGUCCACCCACCCCUACCACACGACACCAUGUCGUCCACCACCGAGCCCGACGCAGUCAAACUCGACGGACUGAACCUCAAAGACGAUAAGCCAAGCAAUGGUACGAAGCCAAAUCCUGGUGCCGCCGCUUUCUCGCCCGCCGGUCCUGGAUUUAAGUGGUCCGACGAGGACGACUCGACCGCGACCACCGCAGGAACUGACAAGAAGGCAGGCAGUGAGGAAGCAAAGAAGAGCGGCUUGGAGAAAUCGCAGACUGAUGGCGCUACCGGCUGGCUUAAUGGCGCCAAAGGUCUCGAUGAGCCCGAGUUCGAUGUCAAUGUGAAGUUGGCGGAUUUACAAGAGGAUCCAAACAACCCACUGUACUCGGUCAAGACGUUCGAUGAGCUGAACUUGAGACCGGAGUUAGAGCGCAGUCUCGCUAUCAUGAACUUCGUUAAGCCCUCCAAGAUCCAGGAGCGCGCUCUUCCUCUCCUGCUCAAGGAGCCUGCCUCGAACUUCAUCGGACAGUCGCAGUCUGGUACCGGCAAGACUGCAGCCUUCGUAUUGAACAUACUUCAGCGUAUCGACCCCAGUUCGAAUAAGCCACAAGCACUGGUACUCGCUCCCACCCGUGAGCUAGCCAAGCAGAUUGCUGGCGUGGCAUUACUUAUGGGCGCUAUGUUGGAGGAGAAGGGCUUGAAAGUUUUCGAGGCUGUGCCAGACCCCGCCAAGCGCAACCUACAGGUGGAUGGACAGGUCGUUGUCGGCACACCGGGAACCGUCAUGGAUAUGCUGAAGCGUCGACUUCUCGAUUCGCGACAGAUCAAGAUUCUCACUCUGGAUGAAGCAGACAACAUGUUGGACAUGCAAGGGAUGGGCGACCAAUGCAAGCGCGUCAAGCAGCAACUGCCAAAGACCACUCAGAUCGUGCUCUUCUCGGCCACCUUCCCGCCCGAGGUUCUCGCCUUUGCGGAGCAGUUCGCACCCAAAUCCAACAUGAUUACUCUGCAGGUGGAAGAACUCUCUGUGAAAGGCAUCAAGCAGAUGUACCUGGACUGCCAGAAUGACGAAGAGAAGUACGCAGCUCUGAUCAAGUUUUACGGAUUGAUGACGAUCGGAUCCUCGGUCAUUUUCGUGAAGCGUCGAGACACGGCUGUUGAGAUUGAGCGCAGAAUGGUCGCCGAGGGCCACAACGUGGCUUCUCUGACUGGUGCAAAGGAAGGGGCCGAGCGAGACGACACAUUUAGGAAAUUUCGUGAAGGCGAGGCCAAGGUCCUGAUUGCAACCAAUGUUUUGGCUCGUGGCAUUGACGUUUCCACCGUGACCAUGGUGGUCAACUACGACAUUCCGGAGACGGUCGACGGGCAGCCUGACUAUGAGACAUAUCUGCAUCGUAUCGGGCGCACGGGUCGUUUUGGUCGCACUGGAGCUGCCCUGACCUUCGUUCACGAUCGCAAGAGCUGGCAGGGCUUGAUGGCCAUUUGCAAGCACUUUGGUGUUGAGCCGACGAAGCUCGACACCAAUGAUUGGGACGAGGUUGAGCACAAGAUCAAGACGAUUAUGAGGAAUUCUCGCAAUGCUGUGGGAGAUUUCGACAUGUCGUAGGUUAUGGACGCGACUGUAAGAAGUAUCACACUGGCGAUUGGAAUCAUGCAUGUUUUUAGCGUUCACGGGGAGGAGAGGGCGUUGGCAUGUGCCUCCAAGUGAACAGGCGAAAGAAGAUAAACGCCUGUGCAAAAUAGAUACCCGGGCUCACACAAGCCUACCCGACUGUAAUGAGAUGAGAGUUUGAGAAAGCGGACUCGUCGACAAUUGAUGUUUCUU